AUGUCAAUCCGGACAGUAGGCGUGGUUGGAACCGGGGUGAUUGGAGCAUCUUGGACCGGUCUAUUCUUGGCUCAUGGCUUGAAGGUCAUUGUAUCCGAUCCUGCGCCGGGGGCCGAACGCGGGCUUGCAGACUAUCUUCACAGUAUCUGGCCAACCUUGGAGAGGCAGAAGAUAUCUCCCCACGCGUCAUUGACCAACUAUCGCUUUGUGGGAGCUAAUUUUAAGGAUCACUUUGCCAACGUUGACUUUGUCCAAGAGAAUGCACCAGAACGACUCGAGCUAAAGACCAAGCUAUUCGCAGAACUUGAUGCGGCGACCCGUCCGGAUGUCGUUAUUGCUUCUUCGUCGUCCGGGAUACCUAGUUCUCGAUUCAUAUCAGAAUGCGCGAUCAAUCCUGCCCGCGUGCUUAUCGGACAUCCUUUUAACCCUCCACAUUUAAUGCCACUCGUCGAAGUUGUCCCUCAUCCUAAGACAGCAGCUUCAAUCACAGAAGCGGCCAAGUCAUUCUACAAGUCUGUGGGCCGAAAUCCUGUGCACAUUCGUGAGGAGCUGCCGGGAUUCGCCGCCAACCGUCUCCAGGUAGCGCUUCUCAAUGAAGCUUAUAGUCUUGUGAGCCGUGGUAUUAUCUCGGCUGAAGAUUUAGAUACGUGUGUGACUAAUAGUCUUGGGCCGCGAUGGGCUGCCACUGGUCCCCUUUUGUCCAACGCGAUGGGAGGCGGAGGCGGUACCGACGGCUUGAAACACGCUUUGGAACACCUUGGUCCGGCAUCUCGAUCUUGGCUUGAGGAUAUGAAAGCUCAUGCAUUCACAUGGACGCCUAAAGAGCUUGACGCACUGAGUGCCAGUGUUUCUGAAGAGCUACGUGGAAAGGAUACCAAAGACCUAGAACGACAGCGGGAUGAUCUGCUCGUUGAGAUCCUCAGUCUAAAGAAGUAA